AUGAAACCAGUUUUAUAUUUACCAUAUCGGGUAACUCGAUUUUCUGGAGCAUAUUUUUUGCGACAUCUUAAUGCUGGAUUUAUUUUCAUAAUUUUUCUAAUUAUUUGUGUAUUAACAGCUAUCUCAAUUAUGGAAAUGAUUAAUUAUCGAUUCAAAUUAAUCACUGAAAUUUGUAUAACUGAAAAAUUGGGUUCGAUUUUGUGUGAAAAUAUUGAAAAUUUGGAGAUUCUCGAUUCAUAUUUUAUCAUGUUUAGUUAUAGUUACAAUAUCAAUGUGCAUCGGUGGAUUAUUUGAGCAACAAAUAAUAAAAGAAAGUUUUGGCCCGAAUUUUCUCUCAGAAUAUCCUGAAAUAAUGUGUGUUUCUGCGUUGGCAAUUCCGAUUGGAGCGUUCUCUGAACUCAAACCAAUUCACAUUUUCAAUUUUGUCACUUGUUUUUCCAUUGUUUUUGGAUGUCUAAUGUGUUUCAUUGAAGGAAUUGUUGCGCUGAGUUCAUUGCAAAAAAUAAUAUCAAAAUGUUCGCCAAAAACUGUUCAAAUGCAUAGAACUUUGUUAUACAGUAUUUUUGUGCAGGUAGAUGAAUUUUUCAUAAACUUCAUUUUUUUACUACCCCGAAUUUCUGGGUCUCAAAAUUUUCAAAACUUUUUCUAAACAACAAUAUUUCUAUUCCAGAUUUCUGUGCACGUUUUGAUGUUAGGUAUUCCUAUUUUGAUUUACAUAAUAGCAAUGCUCUUCAAUUUUGAUGGAAACGUCGUUGGAUAUUUUGCCAUAAUUUUAGCCUCACUUCAUGGCGCAAUGUCAACUUUAGCCAUGCUUAUUUUCAAUCGUCCUCUUUUUCGAAGUGGUCAAAAAUUUAAUGGCAAAAUGUGAGUUUCAAAAUUUUCUUGAGUAGUUCAUAAUAGUAAAUAUUCGGAAAAAUUCCAGUCUUCACCCCAAACUUCGUGCAUCGUGGAACUGUCAGUUUUGUGUCUAUUGAAACAACACAAAAACGAAAAAGUGUUCUGAUUUUUGAAAAACCAGGUGUUUGAAUUAGCUUGUUUGUUAAUUAGUUAAUUAAUUAUGAGAAGAAAUUCGAAGAAGGCGGAAAUUUUUAAACAAAAAAUAUUAUACAUAUCUAGUAUCAGUUCCAUUUUCUUAUUUUCAAGAACGAAAACAAAAAAAAGAAAAACGAAAAAAUGCCAUUUUUCCCGGAAAUCUCAAUAUUUUCUCGAAGUUCCGAUGAAUGGUUACAUUCUUUAUACGAUAAUCGGCAAAUGUGCUCAAUUCCUGCUCCAUUUUAUUAUAGUAUUGGUUUGAGUUGUGCUCAUUUUAUAACAUUUCCAAUUUAUCUUCUCGCAUUUUUUGCAUUAUAUCGAGAUAAUACACCAAGUUUUAUCGGUUAUAAACCAUUUUUAGCAUUUCAUGCAAUAUCAAAUUUUCUUUUCGAAUUCUAUCUUUCUGUUGCAAUGAAGCCAAUUUUAUAUUUACCAUUUCGAGUUGCCCGAUUUUCCGGUCUUUUCUUCUUUAGUUAUCUCAAUUCAGUUGUUAUAAUGUAUAUAUUUCUUGCAAUCUGUAUAAUGACUUGUUUUUCAAUUGUUGAAAUGAUUCAAUAUCGAUUCAAACUUGUCACAGAAAUAAGUAUCAAUGAAAAAUGGGUUCGAAUUUGGGUGAAAGUUUUGAGAAUUUGGAGACGAUCUUUAUACAUUUUAUUAAUUUGGGUAUUGAUAACAUUGGUAAUGUGUAUUGGUGCAAUCUUCGAACAGAACACAAUGAAACUAAAUCUUGAUAAAAACUUUCUAUCAACUUAUCCUGAAUUAAUGUGUAGUUCAACAAUAGUUAUUCCAAUUGGUACAUCUAAUGAGAUCAAACCUCUUCAUGUUUUCAAUUUCUCCGCAUUUUUCACUUUAAUUUUGGGAGCAAUAAUGUGCGCGAUUAUGGGAGCUGUUGCUCUUUUAUCAUUGAGAAGAUUGAUGACAAAAUGUUCAGCGAAGACUAUUCAGAUGCACAAGAUUUUGAUCUACAAUGUUUUUGUGCAGGUAAAUAAAUAAUAUUGGGAGAUUAGGAGACAAUGUUUGUUUCAGGUAGCAGUUCACGGUGUGAUGUUGGGUUUUCCAGUUGGUUUAUAUGUGACUGCAAUGUUUUAUAAUCUCAGUGGAAAUGAUAUUGGAUAUUGUGCUAUAAUAAUAGCCUCAUUACAUGGUGCAAUGUCAACACUUUCAAUGCUAUUUUUCAAUCGGCCACUUUAUGAAAUUCUUGCCAAAAUGUUCAAUAGCUGUGAGUUUGUCAAAAAAAAACAAAUUUAACUUUGGAUAAUUUCAGUAUUCACACCAAGUUUUGUUCAUCACGGAGCAGUUAGUUUUGUCUCAAUGGAUACAACAAAAGGACCAAUGAAUAAUAAAAUAGUUGCAAUUUAG